AUGGUCAGCUCCUGUUGUGGCUCCACCUGCGGUGGCCAAGGCUGUGGCUCUGGCUGUUGUGGCUCCCGCUGCUGCUGCCAGCCUUGCUGCCGCCCCUCUUGCUGCAUUUCUAGCUGCUGUCAGCCCUGCUGCUGCCGCCCCAGCUGCUGUACUAGCUGCUGCCGCCCCUGCUGCUGCCACCCCAGCUGCUGUACUAGCUGCUGCCGCCCCUGCUGCUGCCGCCCCAGCUGCUGUACUAGCUGCUGCCGUCCCUGCUGCUGCCGCCCCAGCUGUUGUUCUAGCUGCUGCCGUCCCUGCUGCUGCCGCCCCAGCUGCUGUUCUAGUUGCUGCCAACCCUGCUGCCGCCCCUGCUGCUGCCAGCCAUGCUGCCGCCCCAUCUGCUGCCAGACCACUUGCUGUAGAACCACCUGCUGCCGCCCAACCUGCUGUGGCUCUUGCUGCUGAGCUCAGCUGACCUCUCACACCGAUCUGCAAAUGCCCAUCUUCCCCAUGCUCUCUCAGACAGCUAGCACAGCUUUUCUUCCACUGAUUCCCUUCAAAAAGCCCUUCUUCAGGGCAAACAGAAUCACACUGUCAGCCAGGAGUGACCAUUUCCAGUGAUCACUAUCUACUCAACACCCCACUGCCAUCUUUCUCUUGUCUUCAUCCUCUUACAUGGACACCAAAUUCUCAAUUAAUUUAUAUCUAUGUAACACGAUUCUUCACAAUUCCCCCACAUCCUCAUUGUCAUGGAGGAAGACAAUAUCAACCAUAUGUUUAGUUCUCAAUCAGCUUUUAUUACUCAGCUUGCAAUGAAGUUUCUUUCCCAA